AUGGCUGGUUGGGGUCAGGACGCCUGGGGUCAGCAGCAGGCUGAUCAGCCUCAGCCCUAUGAGUCGGCUUCUCCGCUGCCGUUUGGCCCGCCCGCUCUUUCUCAAGGGGCUUGGCGGCAGGCGGCGGUCAGCUCUGACACUGCCGUGCCGGAGACUUCGCAGAUUGCCGUUCGCAAUCGCAAUCGGGCGGAGAUGGAAUCCCGGGCGCUCGCCCCCGAAGAUCGACCACCUGCUCAGCCGGUGGACUACGAUCAGAACGAUGAGGAGGGCACCCGUGGGCACAUGAUCGAUGCUGCCAGGGACGAUGCUCGGCAAGAUCGUUCCUUUGCCCGCUCGACGGCAAAGCUCACACCGGCGCAGUUCGCCGAGCUGGCUGACUCGUACCAGAACCCUGUUGGUCACGCUACCUCUUCGGCGGCAGCUCAGUUUUCCACGGUCGUGGUUGAAGAGGCCGAGCCGGAGAACUUGCUAGCUCCAGCAGGUUGGUCGGGGCACUGCAACGACGAUGCUCAUGAUGCCUUCCUUGAUUUUCUUCUUUCGCUAGUUUUGGCUCGGCAGGAUGUUGCGGGAAGCAGCGCCAGCCGAUCGCUGGCGAUCGUGGCGACCCGGCUGGCGGAGAUCCCUUUUGUUCUUUCAAUGGACGCCGGGACGCCUGAGCAGUUCGCCGCGGUGUCUCUCGACUGGACGGCCAGCUCGGCCAAGACGGAGCACGACCUCCUGGCUCCGAGGACCCAAAUGCUCGAACAGUACUGGGUCUUCGUGAAGGCGGCGGAAUCGCUCUUUGUCGAGUCUCUCGGCUACCAGAUGGGCUUUGCUCGCUGCUCGAAGGUGCCCAGAGAACGUUCUGCAAAGUCGAUCGCACACUUUCAGCGGGAGAUGGCCAUCCGAGCUCUAGCUGCACCAGUUCUGGCUCCUUCGGCUAAAUCGAGGCUGCCGGCAAGCUCUUCUUCUCCCUCGGCAACUCCAUUGCUCGACUUGGAGAACGCCGAGAAACAGAAAUGGGCUAAGCGCUUGAAGGCGAUCGCCGAUCGGGCCGGCGAACACGCUCGGCCCGAAGGGGUCCACGAUGCAGAGGGGUUCGAGAAGUUCGAAUUGUGGGCUCGGCACGUGCCGCUCCCCCUCUACCCCAUCUCGGACGACAAGAUCCUGAAGUACGCCAUGGAGCUCGACUCGAGGGAGUGCGGCCCGACUGUUCUUCCUUCGCUCCGCAUGGCUCUUAAAUGGGUGGCUUUUCGGAUUAACCUCAAGCUCCCCUCGAUCGAGACAGCGGAGCUAAAGGCGCUCGAGAAGGAGAUCUUCACACAGCGAGGGCGGCCGCUGAAGGAAGCGAUCGCUUUCCCGCUUGAGCUGGUCCAGGCUAUGGAGCGCUUUGUCGCAAACGAAGCUCACCCUGUACCGGCUCGGGUGUUCCUCUGGUGGGUCCUCUGCAUGAUCUUUGCGUCGCUCCGCUUUGACGACGCGAUCCACGUGAAGCCUCACGAGCUAGAGGUCAAGCCUAACGGUCUGUUCGGGAUCUCCUGGCACACCAAGACUGAGCGGAAGCGGCGCGGCACCAAGUUCAUGGUUCCCGACGUUGCUUUUUCUAAAGUGGCUUGGUUCAAGAUCGGGAAGGACUUGUUCGAGUCGCAAUUCCCGCUCGUGGAACGCGACUUCUGGAUCCCCGAGCUCGACACCAAGGAGCGCUGGCGCCAGACUCCCCCUGAUUACGCUCGCUCUCUUCAGUGGCUCCACCACCUGGUCUGGCUCGCGGGGCAGGAGAGUGGGGUCGCGAGGGAGUUCCUGGACAAGGUCACCGAUCUUACGUGGUCCUCUCUUCCAGCGAAAAUGAUCAAGGAGUUGGUGCAGGAGGUCUCGCGCGAGUUCGUGGUCCCGGUCAAGGACUCUGUGGAAGAGAUCGCAUGCAAACGUCGGCCGCCGCCGUGGGUUCGUUGGGCGGAGGUGCCCCGGGAUCCCGACACAAUUCGUGAGCUCGGUCCCUGGUGCCUCGAGAUCUUUGCCGUCUUUGAUUGGCUGCUCUUGCUGUGCCGCAUGGGGGCGAUCGUCUUUCUGCACUUGGGCAUUCCCUGCGCGCUCCCCCUUGGCCUCUACGUUCUCAAGAAGCACCAUCAGGCACAGCUCUUCGAGGCCAAUGAGCUCUUGUUCCGAUCUCUUCUUCUUUUCGACGCUGUGGUUCAAGCUGGUGGGGAUGCCUCGAUCGAGAACCCGAAGGACAGUCUGAUCUGGCAGGUCCCUCAGGUUCAGCAGCUCAAAGUUCGUCUUCACCUCUACAACGUCGAUCUUGAUCAGUGCGAGUACGGUCUACCCCCGGCGCUUUGCACCGCGUGGGCGAUCGCCGUGGCCGCGAUCGUGCAGAAGUCGGCCCAGCAGUUCGCCGCUUCCUUUGCUCUCACGGCUCCAUCGGCAGAACGCAAGCGAUCUUUGGGAUCCCAGAUUGCUUGGAAAGGCCAUCGCCAAUCCGCUGCCGCUCGGCUGGCGGCGGCUAGCGGCUAUCAGCUCAAACGUGGUGCCGCCAUGCCGCUGCUCGACGUUGAGUGUGAGCCCGGUCAAGCAAUCCAGUGGUCUCUUCAGGUUCGGCGCCCAUUCACCGUGCAGCCGGCGCUCCCCGACAAGAUCGUCGACAACAUCAAGUUCAUUGUCUCCUCCCCGCAGGCGCUCGUGGCUCGCCGUUCUGAGCGCCUUCAGUUCUGGCAGCAGCGUGCGCUCACGCUGCUUCCAGAGACCGAUCGGAUUUUGCGGUCGAUCUCCGACGCUCCUCUUCGUCGGCUUCUUCGCGGUGCUCCGGAUUAUGCUGAUCUGCAGCUGGGCUCUUGCACUCACGUGGCGCUCUACGACGAGCUCUUCGCGGCGAUUGGCUGCACGGAUCAUCAAAUUCUCCAAGGCAUUCGCGGUGGCUUCCCGAUCGUUGGCGAAAUCCAACGAUCGGGGCGCUGGCCGCCGUUCACAAAGCCACAGCGGUCAGUGCCUGUGCAGGAAGCUCUGGAUCGGGCCAUGAGCUACAGCAGAGGAGUCUUAAUGUACAACUUCAACGAGGACCGCUUUGGCGAGGAUCUGCAGCACAAGCCAAAGGUUGAGGAUGCACCCAAGAUGAGCGUGUCUCACACUGUCCACAACUGGAAGACUCCUUCUGUUGGCAAGGCCGAGAAUCCUUCGCCUGGUUUGGAUAGGCAUGUUCUGUUCGGGCAUACUGGCGACAUGCGAGAUCCGCAUACGAACCUGCAGAAGGUAGACUUCAUGACUACGAACCAGACAGGAGGCUAUCUGGUCAUUCGCUUUGCCAGCAUCUAUGUGAAGGUGAUGCAGCCCGCAGUAUACUUCCGUAUGAUGCAGGAGCGUCACCAUGCCAGCCAAUCCACUUCUCGGCUUUUCUGCUUCCUAACAUCACAACGGGUGUUCAUUCUCCGUAGUUUUGGACUGUUCGGCGCAGCUCUUUACAAGGGAUGCUUAAUGAAAUGCUUCAGAAGCCAGUGUCGCUGA